GUGCUUCCCGCGGCGGAGGCAGCGGCGGCGAGUCGAAGCGGGCCGCGCUAGACGCGCUGACGGAGGUGACGGCCAAGCUGACGCUGGCGAACGCCGCGGACUCCCGCGCCAUCGCAGGCUUGCUGGGGCGCGGCGUCGCGCACAACCAGCGGGCCCAGGGCUGGGCGAAGCUAAAGAAGAGUGCGCUGGCCAAGGGCGACGAGCCCCCCGAGAACGCGCAGGGGCCUCCGCAUAUGGUGCUGCACGCCAGUCUAGUCGAGACCUUGGUGACUCAAGAGGAGGCGAGGGUGGCGGACAUAGAGAACGAGUCCCGGGGCGAUCACUUUCAGAUGGUGAAGCCGCACAGCACCGACGUGUUCUGCAAGGGCGACGGCAUGCUGACGGCAACGCCCGACGUCCGCUACCUAUUGCGCACGAGGGCGAAGGAGGUGGAGGGCAAGCGCGAGGUGGCGAAUAUUACCUACCUGUUCCAGCCGACGGAGACCGGCAUCAUCGCGCAGCGUCUGUUCGAGGCCGCUUUCCACAAG